AUGUUGAUUAAUAGACACAAUAACGAGCAUGUCUUUUUCUAAGGUGUUACCAGUGUCAAUCAACUGGGAGGGGUGUUUGUAAAUGGUCGUCCGCUUCCCACGUGUAAGCGUAAGAAGAUAAUAGAACUGGCAUCUAGUGGUGUUCGGGCAUGUGAGAUUUCCAGGAUGUUACAGGUAUCCAAUGGAUGUGUCAGCAAAAUUCUGGGUCGUUAUUACCAAACUGGCUUUGUGGAACCAAAGGCAAUUGGUGGAAGCAAACCCCGACUGGCCACCCCAAAGGUAGUAAUGAAAAUCGCUCAGCUGAAGUGGGAGUAUCCGUCGCUGUUUGCUUGGGAGAUCAGGGAAAAGCUCCUGUCCGAAGAGAUUUGCCCUGAAGAUAAAAUUCCAAGUGUGUCAUCUAUCAAUCGUGUCCUGAGGUCUCUACCAAUGGAUCUUCAUUUUCCAAACACACCUGAGCAAUCAAACCCAGGUACUUUGGAUUCGUCAGAUCUACAUAUUGCAAGCAGUAAUUUAAACAUACCACCAAAAUUAGGAAAAGUAGAUGUCUCCCCUCCAAACUGCCAGCAACGCAACAGAACUGUAUUCUCUACAGCUCAAUCAGAGAUCUUGGAGAAAGAAUUCAUGCAAGUUCAGUAUCCAGAUAUUGCCAGAAGGGAGAAACUGGCAGCAGACACAGCUCUUUCUGAGAUCACCAUAAGAAUUUGGUUUUCAAACAGAAGAGCAAAAUGGAGGCGUGAAGAGAAACUGAAGAAAGACAUGAAGAUUUCAGCUUCCACAAGCUCUGAAGCGGUGUAA